AGUCAUUCCUCCUGUCACUACCAUAGAAGCCGCCGUACAUAUUUUUCUCGUGGGUGCUGUGUUCUCAGUGUCAUGGCGGCUCUCGCGUCGUCUGCCGCGGCGCGAACCCCGUUAACCGCCCUGACGGCAGCUCUACCGUCUGUCCGGAAAAUUCACCUCCCAGAUGCCACGUGGCAGGCAAGAACACGUCAGCUUGUCAGGAGCGAUGCCGGCCACCUUAGUCCAUCGCACCGGCUGAAUCUGGCAUUGCAUUCCGCAUUUCACGGUAGAAAGUUACUAAAAACUAUUCCCGCUAGUAACUCAGGCGUUAAAAGCAGAAGUUUUUCUGCUAACCGAUCUGCUCAUGUCGUAAGAGCGCUGUACGUGGACGAGGACGAUAACGGGGAUUACUAUAUCGAGGAUGACGACGAUGGCAGCGGAUUAAUCGACGCGCCCGUGUCGGUCGGCGACGGAUUCUCUUUCGUCGGCGGGAAAUAUGCGGAAGGAGGGGGGAGGGCGGAGGAGUGGGAGGGGAGGGGGAAGCUAGUAGCGGUGGCAGCAGGAGACGGGGCAGCAGGGGGGGUGCAGGAGGUGCGAGACCCCGUGUUCGGGCUCAGGAUGGGGGAGGGCUUUCAGGCGUCGGCUGAGGGGCUCAGGUGGUUUGCCCUCGACACACAGGCGAACGACGACGCCUCUUCCUCCCCUUCCUCCUCCCCUCCUCUCCUCCUCCUCCACGGCCUCCCCUCUCAGAGCUACUCCUUCCGCCGAGUCAUCCACACCAUCACCCCGGGGACGUUUCCCCUCACCACUACUCCUGCCGCUAGCGUAGCAGGAGCCGAAACAGCAGGAAUAGCAGCAGGAGGGAUCGCAGGAGGAGCAGGAGCAGCAGGCUCGGAUGAGUCCAUCGCAGUGCGGUGCAUUGCGCCGGAUUGGCUCGGGUUCGGAGGCUCGGACAAGCCCCAGGCGGACCAGAAGGGGUUUGGGUAUUCCCCGAGUGACUAUGGGCGCGAGCUGGGGCGGCUGGUGGCCACAUUGGGGCUGGAAGAAAUCUCUCUUGUGGCUCAGGGGUAUUUUUGUCUGCCCGCAGCUGAGUUUGUCCUUUCCAACCCUGCCCGGAUCCGCCAUCUCAUAUUUAUCAAUCCUCCAAUCACAGACAAGCACUCCAAGCUGCCCUCGUCUCUUGCUGCAUUCUCCAACUUCCUGCUUGGAGAAAUAUUCGCCCAGGAUCCCCUAAGAGCCAGCGACAGGCUUCUGGAGGAGGCGAACUGCUACCAGGUGGAGGAGGAGGAUGCCAUGGUCUACAGGCGGCCGUACCUUGCAAGCGGUGCCUCGGGGUUCGCCCUUACUGCCAUCACGAGAGCGUUUCAGAAGGAUCUCAAGGCGUCUCUUCCUUUGGUCUCGAAGGCCCUUUCUGCCGUCCCUAACCAGCCCUCCUCCUCAGCCACGGUCAUCUGGGGGAUGAAGGACCGCUGGCAGUCAUUCGACGGGGUCAGAGAAGCUUGCAGGAAAGCUGGAGCUGUGCUUGUGACUCUAGACGAGGUGGGACAUCAUGCUCAGGAAGAUUACGGGGAGGAAGUGGGGCGCGUGAUUCGAAACAUUCUCCGUCGCACAACAUAACGUCUUAGAGUAACGGGUAAAACAAACCAAGCUAACCCUUGGUGUCAUCUGAACGCGUGUUUCAACGUGUAUUACAUCCAAUAUCAUGAGUGCUUAAGCUCUUUAAGGGAGCGACUACAAUAACUUCAAGGUUCAAAGUACCUUGUGUCAAACAUUAGUAUAUCUAAUGUUUGUAUAGACUGUAUAGGGUCACCUCUUAGAGAGUACAACCCUUAGAUAUGUAUGCUUGUACCCAUGUUCU